UUUAUUUAAGACUGUUCUUUAUUUCUUUCCCUUGUUGCUUUGGCACACACGCCUCAUCUCGAAAAUAUCUCGCUCCGUCGUGUGAUAUGUCAAAUGAGCUCAGGACAAUCCGACGAAUGGUCCGAUGAGUCAUGUUGGCGUGGGGAAAGAUGCCGCGUUCACGUACUAUCCGCGAGUUAUCUGGAACUCCUAGUUCCAAAUUGGAAAUUUCAUUUUAACGACCCUCUAAAUCGUAAUUACAGGGAAACUCGGAGAAAUGUUUGUUACCCGAGUUGUGACGUUUCACCGCCUACCAUUUACCUUUUCAACCAAACUAUGACAACCAAUCCUUUGUUGACAAUUACAACCCUCAAUGUACAGGAUACUUCUUCUCUUGAGAUUAAUGCCAAAUUCUGAUUCGUUGAACGCUGCACUUGUAUAACUACAACCAGUUAGCAAAUCGGAAAAAUUAUACAUUUUUUGUUCUGACUAGCACUUAAAAGCAGCGUCAGUUUAUUACAGACGCGUCAACAAGCAGCAUAUUCGUUUCACUCCUUUUUACCAUCUGAAACAGACUUCGCAAAAACCGCAUUGGCCACACAAUGAGCAGAUUCAUGUACAAGGCAAAGUGUGUAUUAACAGUUGCAUUCUGUGCCUUUGUGCUGCUCUUCAUAGCCUACUUCACACCCAUGUCAGUAAGGUACUUGGAGGGGUUCCUUCCCAUGAGCCGAUGUCCUCAAGCCCCUGCAGAGAAGCUGAAGCUGGGGAACAGUAUAGAUGCCUCCCUAGACCUCUGGUCCAGAGGUGAUGUUCAGACCUGCACUGACUGGGGAGCACCUGUGAUCUGGGAUGGGAUGUUUGACCCAGAUCAUUACGACCAGGAGCACAGGAAGAACCACUCAUCUGUCUCUCUCACUGUAUUCGCUGUGGGCAGGUAUCUAGAUGCCUACCUGAAGGCAUUCCUUCUCUCUGCUGAGCGUCACUUUAUGGAGGCUUUACCUGUGACAUACUAUGUGUUCACGGACGUUCCCGAGAGGGUACCAGACAUCCAUCUUGGUCCUGGACGGAGCCUGAAAGUUGUGAGGGUGCAGAGACACUCUCGCUGGCAGGACAUCUCCAUGAUGCGUAUGAGGGCCAUCGCAGAUGCCAUCGAGUCACGGAUUCGUCACCACAGCCACUACGUCUUCUGCUUUGACGUGGACCAGGUGUUUGUGGGUCGGUUCGGCUCCGAGGCUCUGGGAGACUCUGUUGCUCUGCUCCACGCCUACUACUACCACCGACCACAGAGCCUGUACGCCUACGACCGCAACCCCAGGUCCAGGGCCUACAUGGAGACUGGGGACUUCUACUAUCAUGCUGCUGUGUUCGGAGGCUCAUGGCGAACUGUGAAGAAUAUGACGGAGACCUGUUACCAAACCAUCAUGAAGGACAAGGAGAACCAGGUGGAGGCUCUGUGGCACGACGAGAGUCACCUCAACAAGUACCUGUGGCUCCAUAAGCCCAGCAAAGUGCUGUCUCCAGAGUACUGCUGGGACAGGAACAUUGGCUACCGUGGUGACAUACAUGUGGCCCGCCUGCUCUGGUCAGAGAAGAAAUAUGGCACACUCCGGGUUACAGAGUGAGUAAUCAGAACCUGUGUGCAAUAAUCUAAUAAGCAAAAGCCCCUGAAGCAUCAAACAUGGUCCACAGUACAGAGCUGCAAUAGUCUACAGCCCAAUGUGAUUUAUGCCCAUGCCUUGUUCAGAGCAAUGAGGCUUGUAAAUGUGUCACAAUGGGCUGUCAGACUAUUAGAGCUGUGAAACUGUGGAAUCUUUGGCUUGUGUGUUGAAACAUGAUCUUGCAAGUAGUACGUUUCUUGGUUCUCCUGUGUUGCUUCAGUUGUCUGGUGGUAUUGUCUCUCCACCCACGAAGUCUGCUGUCUGUGGCUGGCGGGGAUUGAAAAAAAAUGGGGAAAUAGACUAUGCUUGCACUGCUUCUUUUGUAUGGUUUAUAUUUGUGGAUUAGAAGUUUAAAAAAAAUCGGUUUUAUAAAGUUGUAUUAUAUAUUGGAAAUUGUUUUUAUGUAUCAUUUUAUGUAUCACUUUUACAAAAUAAAGAUGGAU